GCUCUCAGCCAUUUCCAAAUCUCUUGAGCUGGUUUAUUACACCAGAAUACCCAAUCGUCUUUGGAGAAGGGUUUGAUUUUGAGCUUGAACUAGGGGUGAUACAGCUUCGUUUUAAUCUAAAAGAUGGUUUAUCACUCUAGUUUUGUGGAUGAGGAAGGAAUUACUAAAGCUUGUGGGUUCCCUCUGCUGCCUUUGAAAAGCCAUAUAAAGGGUCCUGCUCCUGUUUCAGAACAAGAUAGGACUGAUAUUGUCGAUGAGGCAAUUACAUUCUUCCGCGCCAAUGUUUUCUUUAGAAACUUUGAUAUCAAGAGCUCUGCCGAUAAGCUGUUGAUUUAUCUCACAUUCUACAUUAAUGUGGCUUUGAAGAGGCUGGAAGGUUGCAGAACUUUGGCUGAAGGUACCAAGGCGAUCAUUAAUUUAGGUCUGGAAAAGGUUCCUGUGCCUGGAGAGCCAGGUUUCCCUUUGCCGGGCCUCUUUCCUUUGCCUCAAUCUGACAAGGAAGCAGAAUUGCUCCGAAAUUAUUUGAAGCAGAUAAGGGAAGAAGCAAGUGGGAGAUUGUUGAGCGUUGCUUAUAAAUCUAAUGGGACUCCUAAUAAAUGGUGGUUAGCAUUUGCGAAAAGGAAAUUCAUGAACAUAAUUGUUCCAUCAUGAAUUUCUAUGUGGCAUAUCCAUUCAGUAACUUUUGCACAUAGUUCAUGUCUCAAGAUCAUAUCAAGAUUACAGAAUCUGGAUUAAAAGGUGUUGCACUUGUCUUGUAUUGGAAUUUUACUUCUGGACAUAAUAUUACUGGUAUUCAUUAUUCUAGACCUCAGAUGUUCCUUUUGAACCUCAUAAUUACGUCUGCUGUAAAGGUUUCCUAUAUUGAAUUUUUGGACAAUCAAUCAUCGCCUUUGAUAAGAGAUAACUUUGUGGAC